GUUUGGAAGAGACGGUACAGGCGCUAGGACCCGGGACAUGUGCGCGUAUUAGUUUUCCAGAGGGUGGAGACGGUGAACAAUGAGGGAGCUGACUGGUAGGACCAGCACAGGAGCAACAUUUGAGACCAAACCCCCCCUCCUCUCUCCUCACUCACCCCCCGAGUGCCGCUGGACCGACCGACGAAACACACAGACGGACUUGUCAGUGCGCGCAAUACGCUGAGUUUUGAGAAAUAUUUUUUUUCAGAGACGCGCUGAUUAGUCCACGCGUGCUGCAGAGAGUAGAGAUUUACUGAGCCCCUCGCGUGGAUGUGAAUGAAUGGGUUCGCCUCCGUGUCUGUGUGUGUGUGGUACCGAAGUGGGUCAUGCGGACCACUGGAGGAGCAAAAGAUAAACACGCUGCACCCUCCUCCUCCUCCUCACGCUGCUGCUGCUGCCUGGCAGGUUGAGAUGGUGGGCGCUCAGAGGAGGGAUCCCAGCCUGUGUCCUCAUCUCAGAAGCACCCAUCAUCAGAUGAUGCUUUGAUUUAAUCCGCCUCCGAAGUAAAUCACAAACUGAAAAAGCAUCUCCAGACGCAGGACUGGAAUCAUCUUCUGAAGAAGGAAAGAACGCACAACGCACGGACCUCAUCCAAGCUCUAUCAGCUUUUUUCUUGUAUCUUCUUUAAGAGACCUGCACGGUUCUCCUCGCACCUUCUGUUACUGAUCGAUAAUUCCCUCUACAACGAAGGGAUCCAUCCAUCAGUUUCCCAGCCGAUCAGAUCAGAUCAGAGCAGAGCGCAGCAGCUCUGCGCGCCGAGCGGAUGCAGGACCAUGGAGGAGAGAGACAGGUCGCCAGCAGUCUGCCGCACAGUGUCAAGGCGAGCCUAUCCCUAUCUCCAUCUGGGCCCGGACGGGUGGGUAGCGGUGGGGGCUCUCCUACGUCCAAAAUGGGCUACUGCGGAGGAGUUCCUGUGGAGGACAUGCAAGCCUUGGCCAUCACCUCUCUGUCUGCAGCAGAUGUAGCCAAACAGUAUGAGCACAUCAAAGAGCUGGGGAAGGGCACAUACGGGAAAGUGGACCUGGUGGCUCAUCGGACACAAGGUACCAAAAUGGCCUUGAAGUUUGUCACCAAGAACAAGACGAAGCUCAAAAGUUUCUUGCGGGAGUACAGUCUAACAGGCUCACUUAGCUGCAGCCCUUUCAUCAUCAAAGUCCUGGACGUCCUGUUUGAGACGGAGGACAGCUACGUGUUUGGACAGGAAUACGCUCCAGCUGGGGACCUCUUUGACAUCAUCCCCCCACAGGUGGGUCUUCCAGAGGAAAUGGUCAAACGCUGCAUGCAGCAGCUGGGCUUGGCCCUGGACUUCAUGCACAGUAAAAACUUGGUGCAUCGGGAUGUCAAACCGGAGAACGUGCUGCUAUUUGACCGUGAGUGCCGCCGCAUCAAGCUAGCUGACUUCGGCAUGACGAGGAGAGUGGGCUGCCGCGUGAAGAGGGUUAGUGGCACCAUCCCCUACACAGCGCCAGAGGUGUGCCGGGCGAGCCGUGCUGAGGGUUUCCUCGUGACCACCAGUCUGGAUGUGUGGGCGUUCGGCGUGCUGGUCUUCUGUAUGCUGACAGGAAAUUUCCCGUGGGAAGCAGCGCUGCCGGCCGACGCCUUUUAUGAAGAGUUUCGGCGUUGGCAGAAAGCGGGAUGUCCGGUGGGAACAUAUCCGUCUCAGUGGCGCCGCUUCACUGAUGAUGCCUUGCGCAUGUUUCAAAGGCUGCUCGCCGCUGAGCCGGAAAAACGCUGCGGGGUUAAAGACGUCUUCUGCUUUGUCAAGUACGAGCUGGUCAGCGAGCUCAGGCGAAGAGCGUCCUGCAGAGCCAAGAGGGGCGAGAGGUCAGCCUCUGGAGUUUGCACCGGCAGUUGCACUUCCUCCUCGACCUCCACCACGUCCCGUUCCUCCCACAGACACCCUGAGCCCUCAACCCCUCCAGGGACGUCGUGCCUGCGCCCGGCGCCACUCAAACGCAGUGUCCUCUCCGACCCGUUGUCUCCCAGAGAAGAGUCUGGACCGCACCAGUCUCCAGGCCGAGACAAGAACAAAAGCCAGAUGGUGAUGGCGACUGCCAUCGAAAUCUGUGUGUGACCGCGCCAGUGUCAGCAGAGGAGGCUGGACGGCUUUUCACAGUUUAUAACAAGCUCUGAAGAGGUGUUAAUGACUAGCACAGACACUCCAGUCAAGCAGGAGAGGUACUUGAACAUGAAAUAGAAGCUCAGGAUCACAUCGCGGGCUGUGGAAAUGCAAAUCAUCAAUCAGCGGUAAACAUUUGGACAGCCUAUCAUCGGCACAUGGCGUUUAGUUUUUGAUUUGUGACCAAAGACAGCUCAGCUGAGGAGCUCUGCUGGCAUUGUUUAAGAGUCUGCUGCUGAUGUUGCUCCUCUCCUCUUAGACACUUUUGUUGUUCUGUCUCUACACUGUGGUGGUGCUAUUUAUUCCAUCAUUCAAAACUCCAUAAAGACUGAUUCAGUCAGUUCACGCCCAUCACUCUACCUUUCUUUACUUGGCUUUAUUUAUUUCAGAAUAUUACCUCUGGGGAGGCCAAAACUGUUCAGUUGGGGGCGGGGGGGGGAUGGGGGCAGUGAGCUGGAGGAAAUCUACGCAAUUAUAUUCAACUGCCAUUUCUUGGACUUCCUGCCAACUUCCAAUGCAUAACGUUUGUCAAAGACUCCCCAAGAGAGGGUCUUACAAAAGAGCAAAACAGACAAAAAACACGUUUUUUUUCCUGUAGCAGUUUGUACAAGAUGUAUUUUCAUGUAGGUGUCUAGACUUCUCUGUGAUAGGCAUCACCUCAGGACACUUCAGUGAAUCACUUCCUGUUUUAUUAGCACUGGAAACCCAUUAAAAGGCUGGACAACACAUCUGCCACCUUUUGGUCUGCUCCCAAUGAGAUUCAUGUCCAGUGUUCAGUCAAUAGAAAACAGAGAUUGUACAUUUUCUGACUAGAAAAAAAGGCAGGACAAGAAGAAGAAAAAAAAGUCCUUUUAUUGUUUUCUUUUCUACCUGCUGUGUGUGUGUGUGUGUG